ACUCAGAACACAAAACAACAUAAAGGGUUAAAUAAAUCUAAAUUAUUUAAAGCUAAAUAAACACCACACAAAGGUAAAAAACAAAAAUAGGGUGGCAGUGGGAUUGCUGUAUCGAAAGUCAUAGUAUUGGGAUCUUCUCUUUUUUUUUUUAAAUUAUUAAAAUGCUAGAGAAGAGCAGCAAAGCCCAUUGUUUGGCUGUAAUGAAUCUAAUUAGCUGUUAAAGUAGAGGGCGAUGGUGUCGCAAUUUAAGCAAAAAUCAGUGUUAACUUACCACAAAAACAAAAAAACAAGCAACCCCUCCCCCUUUAAUUAUUUUAAAGGUAACAGUUGUUUACAAUGAGCCGUCUGUGAGUUGCCCGCUGGAUCGCAAACGAGAGAACUCCAAGGCAGAUGGUACCUUCACGGUUGUCGGAAUGUCUAGAAUUCCUUAUCGAGUAUGAAAACGCUCCAACUGAGUUAAUGUCCAAACGUGUUAUAUUAUACGCUGCUUUAAAAAAUUUGGAGCUUGUAUGUGUCAGAGAACCACUGUAAGAAUAGGGAAAACCCGCGGUGCUGUAGGAAAUGGCAGCAUACCAGAGAGCGGUAAUUAAAAAUGACUUGGAGGUCAUAAACCACCUUUACAAUUCACGAUACAACUUUGCAGCGAACCUAGUGUGGAAUGUGUGCUUUGCUUAAGUAGAAAAAAUGCAAAAUUGAAGCACGUAAAAGCCGAAAUAAAUUUUUUUAAACCGAUUAUUAAAGUUCCGAACAGUUUCGAAGGCAGCCGAAGGGGCGGGACUUUGCGUAAGCGUCCUCUGUUUCGAGUCCCUGAUAGGGAGGUAUGGAGGAACACGCUGGACACAAGCUGAGGCAAGCGUUUUAUUAGCGUUUCUCUGUUGACUUAGCCGGACUAAGUGCGACCAUGUCCGGUGGGUGGUGGAGCAGUGCCGCGGUGAGCCACGGGCUCAUGGCUCUGUUCGCCAUGGGUUCCUGGAUUUCUGUCAACAGUCUGUGGGUCGAGCUCCCGGUGAUUGUCGGCGUGCUGCCCGAAGGCUGGAACCUGCCUGCUUACCUCUCAGUGCUUAUAGCAUUUGGGAACCUGGGACCAAUAGCAGUGACCAUCACACACCACUGUGCGCCUGGGCGCUUAAACGAACGCCUCGCCAUCCACUGCAUCCAGAUACUGGCAGUGGUGGCGUCCGCUUUUCUGGCCGUCUUCUGGUGCCACACUGUCAUGGUGGCAGGAGAGCAGAGAUCCGUACCGUUCCUGGUCUUGACUUUCGUGUUAUCGUUUGUUUGCUGUACAUCCAACGUGACCUUUCUGCCUUUCAUGUUCCGGUACCCACCUCAGUAUAUCCGCACUUUCUUCAUUGGUCAGGGUUUCAGCGCCUUGUUCCCUUGUAUUGUGGCGUUGGGACAAGGUGUUGGCAAGCUGGAGUGUAAAAUUGUGAACGGCACAGUGCAACCAGAGUAUUUGAAAGAGAACUUUCCCGCCCAGAAUUUCUUCUGGUUCUUGUUUGUGAUGCUCUCAAUCUCUGCUCUGAGUUUCCUGGCUUUGACGCGAAGACCGUCAGAGUCAACGCAGGGUUCACAGCCACCGCCACCGCAGGAGUCUGACAGUGGUGCAGCAGCAAAGGAUGAAGAAGAGACGCACCGGCUGUACAACGGAGAGACGCCAGUGUCUGAGGAGCAGGUGCGGGUGGAGGAGCAGCCACCCGCUCAGACAUUUUGGACACCGCGAAACAUCUUCCUGCUUGUGCUGCUCGCCAUCUCCAACGCCCUCACCAAUGGAGUCCUCCCAUCUGUGCAGAGCUUCUCCUGCCUGCCCUAUGGCACCAUGACCUUCCACCUCUCUGUGGUCCUUGGAAACAUAGCGAAUCCCGUAGCGUGUUUUCUGGCCAUGUUCGUUGUCCUCAGGUCCUCUACACCUCUGGGAUUUUUGGCUUUGGUGGGUGGUGUAUUUGCUGCUUAUCUCAUGGCGUUAGCGGCCCUCAGCCCCUGCCCGCCGCUCCUAGGAAGCCAUGCUGGUGUGGCUUUAGUGGUAAUCUCCUGGAUUUUUUUCACUGGUGCCUUUUCCUAUCUGAAGGUGGUGAUCGGUACGUUGCUUCACGAGGCGGGUCACGCUGCCCUGCUGUGGUGCGGCAUCUCCAUCCAGGCCGGCUCUCUUAUCGGAGCUCUCGUCAUGUUUCCUCUGGUCAACAUCUACAACGUGUUUACCAGAGGCCAAGAAUGUGUCCAAGAAUGCAGUUAGCAGGAGUGAGAUGAGUGCAGUUUUUCUGUAAGCACACACGCCUCUCGUUCCUGCCCCAUGGGAAAUGGCCAAAUGAAUUCUGUUUUUGUGGUUCCUGAGAGAUGUAUUGUGUAUUUCUUACAGCUACUUCUUCUUGAGGAUCAUGUCUCACAUGAGGCAGCCUCUCCUGAUUCAGAGGUCUCAAGUCUGUGGAAGUAAAAACAUUCCCAAAUAAUGGGAGCAUUGUGUUGCAGGAUUGGCCAUGGGGGAUGUAAAAUGCAUAUGAUGCUGUAAAACCUUUAAAGUGCUUUGUGCUUUUUAUAAUGAACCUUUGUAGGUCAGGUUGUUUAUCGCAGCAGAGGAGCUGCUGAUGGACUUUUCCCAUCUCAGCUAUCACGUGAAAGGUUAUUUGCACUCAGACACAACAGCUAACUUGUUCGUCCUCAUGUACUGAUGCUGAACCGAAUGAUUCACUAACUACAUUCUUUCAAUGUAGAAAGGCAGCAUUAAUGUUUUAUUUUAUAUUCAGAUGUGUUGCUACCUCCUUUUUAUGCCAGGAAUUGAUUUUUUUUAAACAGAUUAUGAUUUUCUGUUAAGCUCCUCAUGAAAAUGGUAGAAUUUAUAUUGAAGUAGCUUUUUGCAGUCAGAUCCAUUCAGUUCUUGAUCUCUCGGCUGAACUGGGAACACCUUGGUGUUCUCCUGGGAAAGCUGGAGGCGGCGGCUGGGGAGAGGGAGGUCUGGGCUUCUCUGCUUAGGCUGCUGCCUCUGCAACCUGGCCCUGGAUAAGCGGAAGAAAUGGAUGGAUGGAAAGUUUUCUUUAGAUUUAAGUUUACUUGACAUUUGGGAUGUUAUCUUAAGGGAACGAUACAUGCCUGACAGUCACUAAUCAGUGAACAAGGAAUUUUAUUUCUAAGUCCUUAAAGUAAUGAUUUUGCGUCUUUGAUAUGCAGUUAAUGUAAUUUUACUAACCAUGCUGCUACCCAGCAUCAGCUUUAUUAAACUCUUCUGUUUACACAGGAAGAACAUCUGUUAAGCUGCCUUGAGGAUUUCGAUGUAAUACUGGGCUUUUUGUUUUAAUACCAAUGAAAUGUCAUUUGGUAAUUUCAAAUGGAUUGAAUUUUGCAUUUAUGGAUUUUGUUUUAUUUUGUUUUUUUCUUCUUUUUACGUUGUCUUGUAUAACAAUGUUAUGAAUAAAACUGUUCAUGGGUAAAA